CGCCGCCCCAAAGGUCUUCCGCAAAUCGAACCCUCAUCCACACUGUCCUCUCCCACACCAACGCCGCCGCCCCCGCCCCCGUCCUCGUCCGCCUUAGAUCUCCACCGCCGACGAUGACCCCCAUCGGUGUCGAUGGCGCCCGGUGCGUCGAGGUCGACGUCGCCUCCUUCCAUAGUCGUGCGAGGUCGAAUCCUCGGCUCCCUCCCUUCGACACCACCGACGGUGUGUCGAGGUCGAUCCGUCGAUGUCGCCCACCUCUCCCGCACCAGACCCCGCGGAGAAGUCCGAGCCUCCUCCAUUGGCCUGCGAGCGUGGCGAUGACAAGCGCUGGAGGAACCGUUGCUGCUUGGCUCCUCCGCUGUCUCAGGGUCGUCGCGCCACCACCAUGCUGUCGCGCUCCUAUUCUCCGCGGCCCUCCACGGCUCGGCGCUGACGAGGACCGACGGGAUCCCCGCCACUGCUUCCUCCACCCAGCGGCAAGAGCUGUGCCCGCUCUUCACUACGCCGGCACACCACGCUGCUCAGAUCCAUCAUGGUGGAAACCCGAUACAGGUGGCCUUCCUUCAGAUCUGUUUUGGUUUCUGUCGAAUUUGUCAGCUGCUCAGAGGAGCACACAGUUUUCGCCGAACGACUCCACUAGCAACCACCAUCCUCCGUGGAACGCCUUCCCUCAUCGCGAGCUAGCGUACUCUCCGAGCAGGCCUCCUCCCGGCAAGCUUCACCGAGCACCAACCUGCGGGUCCACAUCCUCCACGUCCUCUGCAAUGAAGCAACAGAGCAUCUACCCUCCGCAACGUUCUUCCCCUGGAUCAAUAGCGCUGCCUCCUUUUCCCCUUUAUUUGUUAGGUUUCCCUAUAGAAGUUGAUGGGGGUUUCGAAGAUCUUCAAGCUGCUGAAGAUUUGGGAGAUUCGGAAGAUCUUUAAGCUGUUGAAGAUAUGGAAGAGUGAUUAUGCUUUGUUUGUGGAACCUAUACACUUGCUCUGCUCAUUUUGCCGGUUGUUAGGCCACAAUAUGCUCAUUUUGGUUGUGUGGCACCCCAGAAACAUAUGUUCUUUUGUGGCACACAUGUAGAAACAUAUAUGUGUUGUACCUUUUGUGGCACAACCUGCUUAUAUAUAUAUGGUUGUUAUGUUAAUUUAUUGAAUUGACUUUAAGGUUU